AUGGCUCCACCGAAAUUUGGCGAUAUGAACCGUCAAGUGACGGAUAUAUUUAAUAAAGGAUACUUUUUUAAUUUAUUCAAACUUGAUCUAAAGUCAAAAACACAAAACGGUGUCAUGUUCAAUGUAUCCGGUGAACAUAAUACAGAAACAGCUAGAACAUUUGGAAGUUUAGAAACAAAAUAUGUGGUGAAAGAAUAUGGGUUAACAUUUUUGGAAAAAUGGAACACAGAAAAUGUUUUAAAAUGUGAAAUAACGGCUGAUGAUCAACUAGCACAGGGUUUUAAACUUACAUUCGAUGCCUCUAUGGUUCCAAACACUGGGAUACAAUGCCGAUUUAAUACGCGCAUAAAACGUUUUCGUUUAUCGGGCGUAUACGGUUCACGCUUACUGAAAAUGCGUUCACAAAAUGACGUGCAGCGAUGGAAAAAGACAGCUGCAUUACGUUCAGCAUUUCAAGCCGAUAAAGUUCACGUUGAGACAAAUAUUGAUUUUGAUACUGCUGGGCCAAUAUUGAAUGGAUCUGUUGUAUUAGGACACAUGGGUUGGCUGGCAGGAUAUAAUUACGUUUAUAGUACAGCAAAGGCAGCAUUGACAAAGAAUAACUUCGCGGUUGGAUAUAAAGCGAAAGAUUUCACCUUGUAUGCAAAUAUGAAUGAUGGCAAUGAAGUUGGUGGCAGUGUGUACCAACGAAUAAAUGAUCGUUUGGAAACUGGUUUACAAUUAGCGUGGACAGCCACAUCGAGUCAAACACGUUUUGCAUUAGCAUCCAAAUAUCAGUUAGAUUCACAGACAGCUGUAGCAGCUAAAGUCAAUAAUAUUUGUCAACUUGGACUCUCAUUUCAACAAAUUCUUAGACCAGGUGUCAAAUUAACAUUAUCCGCAUUAUUUGAAGCAAGAAAUAUGAAUGCUGGUGGUCACAAAGUAGGUCUUGGUUUGGAUCUUGAGGCUUAA